AUGGGUGAUGACGGCCGGUCUUCCGACCUCCAGGUAGGGAGCCGAGUCUUCGUCCACGGCCUCGCUUCGGAAGCCGGCAGCCCGCUGAACUUUCGCUGUGGCGAGGUGGUCAAAGCCCAGGAAGAUGGUCGGCUCGGUGUGCGAGUGACCGGUGUUGAAGGUGCGCCGAAGCUCAUCAAGCGGAUGAAUCUUCUCAGCGCCAGCCCCGAGGUCAUGCAGAUGUUUCGUGCCCUGAUACUCUGGAGCCUAGCAGCAGCAGGCACUUGUGAAGAGGCUUUGGUCGCCUACACCUUCGCAGGGCGUGGUAGUUCGGACGCCAUCCAGGCAGUCCUGUCGCGUGUGCUCGGUCUAAACCCCACAGAGGUUGUGAAGGCCUUUGACCUCAAAAUCGUCGCGAACUGCAGCCGAGUGCCCCCGUCGGCAAGAACUGAGCUUUGUUUCGAACUGAGCGAUGCAGAAGACGGGCGGAUCCGCAUCGCAGCUACAAGUGGCCCGGAGUUGGCCUAUGGUGCCAGCUGGUAUUUGCGUACACGCUGCAACAUGUCCUUUUCCUGGAAUCGCACGGGUGGAAACCAGGUAUCCGUGCCAAAGUCGUGGCCAGGAGUGGGUGGGAAGAUCAUUAAAUACCGCAAGGUACCCAUGAGUUACUUCAACAAUGUCGUGACAUUCAGCUACAGCUACACAUGGUACUCCUUCAAGGACUGGGAAGCUUGGCUUGAUUGGGCCGUUCUGAGCGGGGUGAACUUGGUAAUCGCAUACACAGGACAGGAGGAGAUUUACCGUAAGACUUUCAACACCUUUGGAGUGAACAACUCGGAGUUUGCAUCCUGGAGCAACGGUGCCGCUUGGCUGGCCUGGAGUCGGGGCCAGUCCAUGCACGGCAUCGGUAGCAGCUGCGGAGACGGCUGCAUGCCCCUACCUUUCAGCUGGAUGACUGGGCAGUGGGAGCUCCAGAAAGAGAUCCUUCGCCGCAGCCGCAGUCUCGGUUUGGUCUCUGUCCUUCCCAGCUUCCAGGGCAACAUCCCGCCCAUCUUCCGGCAGCUCUACCCGCAGGCCAACAUCAGCAAGACCGGGGCUGCUUGGCUGGACGACUUGGAUCCCCUCUUCGGGAAGAUUCAGCAGCGCUACAUGGAGAUCAUGAUCAAGGACUGGGGCACAGACCACUGGUACGAGACGGACGGGUAUUUCAACCAGAACCAAGGUCCCUGGGCACGUUCGCACACUGAGGGACGUCCUUGGCAGCGCUCAGAAGACGUCCCCGCAGAUCCUGAUGCAUAUGCCCACGCCCAGGCGGCAUACCAGUCCAUGAGCAAGGUGGACCCAGAGGCUGUUUGGCUCUACCAGGGCUGGAUUUGGCGUGACUGGGGAGAAGAUAAGCUGCCCUUCAUGAAGGGCUUCGUGUCGGCGGUGCCGCCCAAGCAUUUUGUGAUGUUGGACAUGUUCGACGAGGCCGAUCCGGAAUGGAACAAGUUCAAUAACUUCGGCUAUUUCGGAACUCCGUUCAUUUGGUCGGUCCUGCACAAUUUUGGUGGUAACACAGGAAUGUGGGGAAGCAUUCCUACUUUGAAUUCUGAGUUUUCAGACGCCUUCCAGCACACAGCCAGUGUCGCAGGAACGGGUGCUGCACCAGAGGGGAUUGACCAGAACCCCUUCUACUACAGCUUCUUGACGGACCUUCCGUGGCAGACUGGCCCCAUCGACCUGCAGCAGUGGGCGGCGACCUGGACACAGCAGCGCUACGGCCGUAGUUCGGUUGACGCGGAGGAGGCUUUUCGGCUGCUGCUAGGGUCUGUCUACGGCAAUGAGACGAAUUCUCGGGCGAUUCGGAGUCGCGGCGGCUUCCUUGCCGAGAAGAACGCCGAUGGCCUCACAGCGCUGGCCAUGGGAGGAGGCGAGGCCACACCCCACGAGAGCUGGUACAAGCUGUCAGAUGUGGCGCAAGCCUGGGGAAAGCUGAACACAGCAGCCAAAGCGGGUGUGCCCGAGACCAUGCGAUACGACCUGGUCAAUCUGGGCCGGGAGGUUUUGGGCAAGGUCUCCAACCGCUUCUUCGCUCAGAUGGUAAACGCCACAACCCCUUCUGAGGUCAGCGCGGCAGGCCGGAACCUGCUGGCGGUUCUCGCAGACGCCGACCGUCUCCUAUGCAGCGACCACGGCUUUCUCGCCAGUGCCCGAAUCCGGAGCGCGAAGUCGUGGGCGGAAGGAAAUGCUACGCUGGAGCGCUAUUUGGAACUUGCAGCCCGGAGUCUCACGACGGUGUGGACGCCACAAGAGCCGAACUCGAGCUCCAUCACAACACUCUGCGACUACGCAAACCGCCAGUGGGCCGGCCAGGUCGGAGGCUUCUACACGCUGAGACACAAGUGCUACAUCCGACAGGCCAUGGAGGAUCUUGGUUCCAAGAGGCCCGUGAACAAGACCGCGUUUGAUGCUUGUGUUGCAGCUGCCAGCUACGACUGGACCCACGACUUCGGAUCAGCAAAGUACCCAAUGUGCGAAGAGCCAACAAGUGACGUACUGGCCAUCAGCCAGGAGCUGUUCGAGAAGUACGGUCGUCCCCAGUCAGAGAGCAUCUGGGUCUAG